AUGCACGCAGACAAUGACUUGUCACGGGCUCUGUAUAUCGGUCCCUACUCUUCCUCCUCAAAUUCCAUGCACGGUCGGUGCUUCGACAGGUUGUUCAACAGGCUCAACCUGUACUCCAACUAUGAGUUGUCCUCCGGCUGGUGGCGGGUUCUGUGGCGGCGCUUGCAUCUCUGUUCCAACUUCAACUCCGUUGGUGCCAUGCACAAUGGGCGGUGCUUGCCCUACUGGGUCGACCUGUACUCCGACUGUGGCUUGCCCCACUCCAUCAAGUUGUGGUGGGCUCUGUAUCGCGACCCCAACAAAUCUGCCGAGUAUUCCUUGCAUAUUGGGAGCAUUAAAUGCCUGUCCCACAGGCCAGAUCUGUACACAGACAGAGACAUGCAGCGGACUCUGCAUCACUACAGCGGUACCAACCCCGACCGCUACUUCCUGAAACAGAUGAUCAUGUAG